GCGCGAGCCUUUAUCCUGACCGUUAUAUAGUCAGUCCUUUAGCGACUCGCGGCGAGAGUCUGCGUCCGUCUUUGCCACGUGCGCGCAAAGUGUAAUAACAGUUCGAAAAAUGGCCUAAACAUCGCACGCGAUGUAAUUACGCAAUAAUUGGGUAAGAAGUGCCAGAAACGAGCCGAAAUGGCGUUUGCGGCCGCUAGGAUGAUUCUCAAAGACAAGAGGAGGAAAACAUCAAAAGAGGAUUUCGCUCCGCGGAAUAAGAGCAAGGCGCGCAGCGGAAGCGCCAGUAGCUAUAGAAGUCUAAGUCAGGCCCGCAAUAAGCCGGCUGACGGUCACGUGGCCCAAAAGCUGCAAGCCGGGCAACGCACGCCGACACACGGGGCCAAAAACGGCCCCCCGAAGACACCAAGCAAGCCGUCGCAGAAGAAUGCGGCCCAGAAAGGGCAGCCGAUCAAGCAGGCGCCGGCCAAGGCGGCGGCUGCGGCUGUUAACAAAACGGCGAAGAAGACCAAGAAGGGGAAACAUCACCAGCACGACCUCAUCGUGACUAUUAACCUGACGGAAUAUGGCUUAUCGGAGGACCAAGUGGCCGAGUUCAAGGAAGCCUUCAUGCUUUUUGACAAAGACGAAGACGGCACGAUAACAAUGGCGGAGCUAGGGGUGGUAAUGCGGUCGCUGGGUCAACGACCUACAGAGACGGAACUGCGCGACAUGGUGAACGAGGUGGACCAGGACGGCAACGGCACCAUCGAGUUCAACGAAUUCCUGCAGAUGAUGUCCAAGAAGUUGAAGGACGCCGACGGGGAAGAGGAGCUGAAGGAGGCGUUUCGCGUCUUUGAUAAGAACAACGACGGGCUGAUAUCGUCCAAUGAGCUGCGUCACGUGAUGACCAGCCUGGGGGAGCGCCUCUCUGAAGAGGAGGUCGACGAUAUGAUCAAAGAGGCGGACUUGGACGGCGACGGCCAAGUCAACUACGAAGAAUUCGUCAACAUUUUGACGGCCAAGAACUAGAAAGAGACUGGAAGCCAAUGGUCCAAUUAGCGUACUGCUUAUAUCAAAGAAUGCCCAGCAACAAAAAACUUAAAAUUAUAUAAAGUUAAACAACUACAGUCUAAUCGUAUUCAUUAUUACAAGCACUGCUUCUAUUCUGUACAAUUCUUCUAGAUACUUACAUUUGAAAGAAGAAACAAACGCUAACUUACAGGGUUGAGAUAUUUAUUAAAAAUAAUGGUCGAGAAAUUAUUUUUAUUAAAUACAGCCUUAAUUAGUUGUUAAUUUUCGUAAUUAAUUAAUUGUUAGGCCUUUUCGAGUCUUUCUAAAGUAAGUUUAAGAAUUUUUCCUCUCUCCGCGUUUCUAUGAUGAUGACAAACAAAUUACAAAUUACGUGAAACGAAAGCUUGAUAUGAGGUUGUUACUAAUUAAUCGCAAUUAGAGUACACGUUUAAUUAGAUAGCAAUUAAUUUUAAGACAAAUUGUAUUCCAUUUUAUAACAUGAUCCAAUAAUGAAUUUUUUACAAAGUUAUGCUUUAAAUUAAUUAAAUUAAUUAAUUCAGUAGAGCCAAUUUUUGGUGAUAUUCAAUGUUACAGUUAAAUGUUGAAAUGUAUAAAUGUCUGGUCCUCGUUAAAAUAACCGACAAGAGGCCACGUUUCACCAUUUUCGCCUCUUUCGCUUGCUUUAAAGGGGACACUCGUCAUAGACAAUAAACUAAUCGGUGAAUGGCUAUAAUUUUGUAGUUUUUACUACAAUAACCCUUCGUUGUUGUUACGUUACAUUUUUUAUGUACACUUGAUUUAUCAAAAUAGAGUGUUUUAACGACAA